AUGAUGGACGGCAAACGAGCAGACAGAUUACCUGAUGGUAAACAAUCAGCGUCGCCCAUGGACACCCGCAACAAAGAAGGAGAUACGAGCCCGAGCGUACGGCGCGUAGCGUUCCGCGCGCGCCUCAAAGAGCCAUUCGACCACCACAGACGGGGCCCUAAAGGGCUGAUGUUCAGCCGGGGUUGCGGGGUAAGCGCAAUGAGGUACCGGGACCUCGGCACAGAGCAGGAGAAGGAACAGGGGGGUUUUUAAUUCAUAGAAAAUCAAAUAAAAGAAUCACUGCAACAAGAUAAGGGGCAAGGAUGCAAUAUGCCUGAAUUGGACCCGUUCGCUCCUGAACUGGUGGCGUUGGAAAAAAAGAAAAGGCCUAGUAUAGUCUGCAACGAUAAGGAUUGGGUGAAAUGCUACAGGAAAGACUUAAUAGCUAUCGACAAUAUGAUUGCGCUCACAUUUGUACGGAAUUACCAAACGUUAUCUAAAUGUUGGAUUGUCAAGGAGAUACAGGAGACGACAAAGGAUUUAGUCUGCACGUACAAUGAUAUAAUACACGAGACCGACUGGAAGUACCAUCUUGGACCAACGAAGACAGUAAAAGAUGGUGGCUCUUUUACACUUGACGCUAGCGAUCAUAUCAAGAUCAAAUGUACGGGAAAACGCGGCAAUAGUAAAUCGGAUACGACGUGGGUCGGCUACAACAUAGGCUUCCGUGAGUCGGUGGAAAGGCUACCGACCCCCCCAGGAAGGGAGGACACCUACAAUGUGUUGAUAUUUGGCUUCGAUUCCACCUCCAAGUUCGGUAUAAUACGCAACCUUCCCAAGAGCUUCGACUUCAUCAAGAAUCACUUGAAGGCAACCGUUUUAAAUGCGUACAAUAUAGUUGGUGAUGGAACCCCAGCUGCUCUGUUCCCAAUUCUCACUGGGCAAACGGAGCUUGAACUGCCCGACGUAAGAAGGGCUAGCUCCAACGGAACCCUCGAUUCAUUCCCUUUCUUGUUCCAAAAGCUUAAAAGAGACGGGUAUCGCACUGCGUAUUUCGAGGACAUGCCGGGGAUAGGCACUUUCCAAUACCGGUUCAACGGCUUCAAACAUCAGCCGGCUGAUCAUUACUUGCGCUCGUUCUAUCUUGAAAUGCAGAAGAGGGGGAAAUGGCUGAAACAGCAUCCGUACUGUGUCGGCGACACGCCACAGUACAAAGUUAUGAUGAAUAUUACUGAGCAGUUUAUGCAAUUGGAUGGCAAGAGGUUUGGUUUUACGUUUGUUGCUGACAUCUCCCACGAUUCGAGCUUCAUAUCGGUAGCUGAUGAUGACUUUGUUGAAUUCCUCCGUCGGCUGGUGAAGAGAGGCGAUUUAGAGGAUACCUUCGUUAUCCUGAUGACGGAUCAUGGACCGAGGUAA